CCGUUUUCUCAUUUAUGUACAUAAUAUCAAUAGAAGAAGAUAUACCGGAAAUACUUACUCCCGUUGGUUGUGUAUAAGAAAUAAAUAUAGCGCUUCACGAAAUAUUCGGGUGAUUAUUGAUAUACAAGAAGAUGGGCACUAGAGAUGACGAAUAUGAUUAUUUGUUUAAAGUCGUCUUGAUUGGUGAUUCGGGUGUAGGCAAGAGUAACCUGCUUUCCCGUUUUACCCGCAAUGAGUUCAACCUCGAGAGCAAGAGCACAAUCGGGGUAGAAUUUGCCACACGCAGCAUUCAGGUGGAUGGGAAAACUGUAAAGGCACAGAUCUGGGACACAGCUGGCCAAGAGCGCUAUCGUGCCAUCACAUCUGCGUACUACCGUGGGGCGGUGGGGGCGCUCCUGGUGUACGACAUCGCCAAGCACCUGACCUACGAGAACGUGGAGCGCUGGCUGAAGGAGCUGCGCGACCACGCAGACAGCAACAUCGUCAUCAUGCUGGUGGGCAACAAGAGUGACCUGCGUCACCUGCGGGCCGUGCCCACCGACGAGGCACGGGCAUUUGCCGAGAAAAACGGUUUAUCCUUCCUGGAGACGUCGGCUUUGGAUUCCACUAAUGUGGAAACUGCAUUCCAGACUAUUCUCACAGAGAUCUACCGUAUAGUGUCCCAGAAGCAGAUGUCGGAACGCCAGGAGAGUGACAUGUCGCCCAGCAACAAUGUGGUCAACAUCCAGGUGCAGCCCACGGAGAACAAACCAAAGAUGCAGUGCUGUCAAAACAUCUAGCCCAAACCUCCCUAGCUACUCCCUCCACCUCUCCCUCCCCCUGUCCUCCUCUUAACCCUCCCUUACGUCCACAUAUUUCCACAAUCCUCCUCCUCCUCCUCCUCCUCCUUUAACAGCCUCUUGCCUUGCUGCACUCUGUGGUGUAGAAGUAAAGGGAUUGGUAGUUCGUACGCUGGAACCCCCUGAUUUUUGCACUGCCCCCCUCACCCUCAACCCUGGUCCCUAUUCCCCUACCCACAUCAAACCUCCACUGAUGCCAGUCAUGGAAGCUACUGUGUGGGCAGGGCUCUUAUACCCCUCCUCUCCCUCCUUGCCCUUCCCUUUCUACCCCUCCACGGCCUCUUCUUCUUUAUCUGGGAAAUGCUAGAUGAAAGGCAGCAGGCAUUUCUUAUCACUUAGAAUUUCAUUACUGUAGAUGCGCUGACAUGUCACGGAAAUUUGUUAAUAUAUGAAUGUGAUUCUUUCUUCCUUUUCUUCAACCACUGUUUUUUUUUCCAUUUUAGUGAUCUCAUUGAUUUUCUAACGAUCUCUUUGUUAAUUGUAUGUCCUUAAUUUACUAACGGGUAGAUAUGAAAUUGAAGCACAUUGAAGCUGCUCUGAUGUGUGUUGUGUAGAGCCACCGUCCGCCUCCUGUCAUUUUCAAACUAGCUUAGUGCAAUAUACUGUUUUGGAAACCAAUUGGAUGUAUGGGGCACAGUGUAGACGUAGGUGCUCCUGCGAUAGUUCCGUCUGAUCGCUCUGAUUGCUGUGAAUAUAAUGCUAGCAAAAUAGAGCAUUACCUUUUUACAUCAGCUGAGAGCUGCAAGCGGCCCUAGCAUAAAGGCCAGAUGUAAACUAGCAUGUAGCCGCUUUGUAGAUGUCGUGCCAGGUUAGGAGAUCCGGUCAGCUUUGCAUGUUUGUACAGAUGCCAGGCCCGUGUUGGACUGAACGGGGAACACUACUGUUGAGUCGAGGCGUUGACCAUGCAGAUAGAAAAUAGAAAGGACUCCUCCUGCACAUUGGACCAUUCAUUGAAAUAACUCACUUCCAUACAUAGUUUACUGAAAUACAUUACUUUAACAGUUGAUGUGGGGGGUUUAAAGCAACAUUGCUAUGAAAACAGAUUGUUGCUCGUUUUAAGGAUACAUCGUCAUAAUUAUUACGCAUAAGCUAUAUUUAACCGCAAACAUAAAGAGUAUUAUGUCUAUGCAGCAGAUGUUUGGAAUUAAAAAAUGGUGUGUUCAUAAAGCCACAAUUUCACAACAUGACAAAAUGCAAUUAGGCAUUCAGUGUUUUCACCACACCUUUAGUUCAACGGCAGAAGGAAAAAAGCUAAUGAAGCUGGCCACUUUGGCAUAUGAUUCCAAUUUUUUUUUCUAAAUUAUACCUGGGCGCCUGUACCAUUUCUUUAUUUGGUUUAAUUGUAUUGUUUAAAGAGAGAUCAUUCAUGAACAGCUUCAAAAGUACAACAUACAACUGACACAGUUCCACUUCUGGUAUGUUAAACACAGCACUGAUUGUACCUCUAUUUAGAGGACACAUCGCUACUUCUCUGACUUCUGACUUUAGUCACAAAAUAUACAUUCUCCUAUCAUCCGUCAUAUCUACUCGCAUCUGGUAGCUGUUAUGACAGUUAUCAUGUACUUGUGUUGUCUAUUGAGCUCUACAAGGGAGCUUGUUAGUGUCCCUUCACAGUGCCUACUCACAGGUCUUAAAAAUGACACCUGCUAACAAUGCAUCCUCCUUAUGCUCACUAUUUCCUUAAGUUUGCUGUGACAAAGCAUUUGCCUCGGACCAUGUGGCCAUAAAAAGAAGGCUAAAGAGUGGUUGUCCUGUGUUACUUUUCACAGUAAGGCUAUUAGUCACCGAGCUGCCUCUGACACAAUGCAUGGCUUUCUGAAUAAGACCCCCCCCCCACCAUAUUUCAUAAUGCCUUAUUAUACUUAACAAUGUCAAAGCUGUGUCCCUGCUAUCUGGUUAGGGUUGACUAGCUGGUAACACAUGAGCACAAUAGUCCUAGCAGGCAGUUAAUUAUUCUGACCUUAUGACUUCCAGUUCUUGAGCCAUGACGGAAGCCUUGCUUACCAACUAGUUGAUAUUCAGAGUGUUAUCAAAGUUGAACUUCCCUGCGUUAUAUCCGUUUAGGAGCAGAAGUAAGAUAGUUAUCUUGUAUGUGGGAGCCUGGAUGGCAAGUCAAAUGUUUUUCUCCUUUGCUUCCAUUAUUUUCAAUGUUUUAAAGAAGGUCCCCUCGCCAGCCCGAUUCCCUCCUGACAUACUAGCGAUCUAUGCUUGAGCAUUGACUGUUUACUUAUGAAAAAUGAUUUACAAUCUUUCCAAUAUACCUCCAUUGUUUUCGUUUUUUUUUAAAGAAAUGUGUUCUAUUCUCUCAUUUGAAAAGUAGCUGUGUUGAAAUGUGCCAUCACGGCUGACUAAGUGGGAAUGUACACAAGUUUAGUAAUUUCAAUGAAUUCGGCAGGUUUAAAUGCAAGAGGAGUGGUGUUUACAUGAAUGAUGUUGUUUUGUAAAGAUUUAUUAAAUUGUGUCUAUAUCUUAAGUUAUCGGUUCCUCAUAAUAAAGCGCACCAGUCAUACAUACCUUCAAAAGACCUAGUUAUUAUUUGUUGUGUUGGAAUAUUAUCAAAGGUUAUACACAUGUAGCUUUGAUUCUAGGAAAUGUAUGUUUGUAUCUAUUGAGUUGCAUCUCAUCAAAUUAACAGUUUUAGUUAGGUGAUAUUGUAAGAAAAUCAGUUUGACAAAUGACUCCACCAUUCUGAGCUUUGACAAACUUUAUUCAGUCAAGGGAAUGAAUCAUACAGACAAGUAUCACCAGAACACAUUCUUAAAAAUAUAUAUUCUCAUGUGGACACCAUAUAGGAAAUAAACAUGUUUUCAAUGUAAUAGUUGCUAUCCAUAUUGUCUAUUGUAGAAUCAUUGUGAAAUUAUAUUCUACUUCUGAUUGUCAACAUGUGUUAUUGCUGUUUGUCAAGCGUCAAAAUUAUAUUGUAAAAAAAAAUGUCUACCCUGUGAUGUAUUUGACAAAAAAAACGACCUGCCAAUUAUAUCAACACCAAUAUAAAGUACUUGGCAAUGUAAUCGGCAAAAAUCUAAACUACUUGCCGUUAUAUUUAACAACAAUAGAAGCUUUGCGGUGAUGUGUUCGACAAUAGAAACGGUCACAAGGCCACAGCACAUUUUUGAAUUUGCGAGAGAUCGAGAAUUGACAUGUGAUCAAGGCUCUGCAAGGGAAUGAGAUAUAAGAAAGAUUUACAAAAAAGUGUUUCUGAACAGCAAUUUCGACACACAUUGGUCAAUGAGAAAGUAAAUGCCGACACAAAUGUCACCGCACUAUUUUAUCAUUCUUAUCUAUAUAGAUUUUUGUACAUGUUUUUUUCAAAAAGGGGUUUUAAAUCAUCAUGCGUCAUUCCCACGUCCGCAUAUUGAAAUAAUGAAAGGAAAGGUUGCACCUCAGUAAAGCUCCUCAAAGUUGAGCAACCUAUUAUUAAGCUUGAUCCAUCAUCGGGCAUGCAAGUGGCUCGAGCUUCACUACAAAUUACAAAAUAAAUCACAUCACGGUUAUCAAGUGAACAAGGAAUACACUUACACUAUACAAAUUCUUUGGGAUUACAUAUAAAAGGAUAACUUUUAGAGUGAAAAUAUUGACCCUGUAACGAUCUUUUA